ACGGGAUGUUGGGAUGGGAUGAUGAGGAGCUCUGCUGUGGACAAGAAACGAGAGCUUCACUGAAACAGAGGCGCGGACCAAGGAACGAAACACGGCUGAGUCACUGCUGCUGAAGAGGAAGGUCUGGAGAGGGAGCGACAGAGGAGGAGGUGGCGGGGGAGGGGGAGACCAAGAAGGAGGGAGGCUCCGAGAUAAACCACAACAGGAAGCGGCGAACACGCAUCAAACACACACACUGAGCCCGUGUGCACGCGCAGGCCGGGGAGAGACUGCGCGAGAGACGAGCCAGCGAACGAGAGGGAGAAGAAGAAGAAGAAGAAGAAGAAGGGAGGGAGAGUGACACGGAGGCUGGGAGAGCCGCCCCCCUCCUCCCCUCUCUCUCUGUGGAGCAGGCGUGUAGCGGCAUCACACUCCGAGUGAAGGAACCAUGAGCGAUGUCACCAUCGUCAGAGAGGGAUGGCUCCAGAAACGGGGUGAAUACAUAAAGAACUGGCGCCCGCGGUACUUCCUGCUGAAGACAGACGGUUCCUUCAUUGGUUACAAAGAGAAACCUCAAGACGCAGACCUGCCCUUCCCGCUCAAUAACUUCUCUGUCGCAAAAUGUCAGCUGAUGAAGACAGAGAGGCCCAAACCAAACACCUUCAUCAUACGCUGUCUGCAGUGGACCACCGUCAUCGAGAGGACGUUCCACGUGGACACUCCUGACGAAAGGGACGAGUGGACGGACGCCAUUCAGACGGUGGCCGACAAGCUCCAGAGACAAGAAGAAGAACGGAUCCAGUGCAGCCCCACCUCCAACAUCGACAACAUGGUGGAGGAGGAAAUGGACAUCUCCACCACGCACCACAAACGCAAGACGAUGAGCGACUUCGAUUACCUGAAGCUUCUCGGUAAAGGAACGUUCGGCAAAGUCAUCCUGGUCCGAGAGAAGGCCAGCGGGAAGUACUACGCCAUGAAGAUCCUGAAGAAAGAAGUCAUCAUCGCCAAGGAUGAAGUGGCGCACACGCUCACAGAAAGUAGAGUACUGAAGAACACCAGGCAUCCGUUUCUCACCUCGCUCAAGUACUCGUUCCAGACAAAAGACCGGCUCUGCUUCGUUAUGGAGUACGUAAACGGGGGAGAGCUGUUUUUCCAUUUGUCCAGAGAGAGAGUUUUCUCCGAGGAACGAACGCGAUUCUACGGCGCCGAGAUCGUGUCUGCGCUGGACUAUCUGCACUCGACCAAGAUAGUGUACAGAGACCUGAAGUUAGAAAACCUGAUGCUCGACAAAGACGGGCACAUCAAGAUCACGGAUUUUGGCCUGUGUAAAGAGGGAAUCACAGACGCCGCCACCAUGAAAACCUUCUGUGGAACGCCGGAGUAUCUCGCCCCCGAGGUCCUGGAGGAUAACGAUUACGGCCGUGCGGUGGACUGGUGGGGUCUGGGCGUGGUCACGUACGAGAUGAUGUGCGGACGUCUGCCGUUUUAUAACCAGGACCACGAGAAGCUGUUCGAGCUCAUCCUGAUGGAGGACAUCAAGUUCCCCCGGACGCUCUCCGCCGACGCCAAGUCUCUGCUGUCGGGGCUGCUCAUCAAAGACCCCAACAAGAGACUCGGAGGAGGACCCGACGACGCGAAAGAAAUAAUGAGACACAAUUUCUUCACUGGAAUCGACUGGCAGGACGUCUAUGAUAAAAAGCUGGUCCCUCCCUUUAAGCCUCAGGUGACGUCAGAGACAGACACCAGAUACUUCGACGAGGAGUUCACGGCUCAGACCAUAACCAUAACGCCGCCGGAGAAAUUUGAUGAGGACGGUAUGGACUGUUUGGACAAUGAGAGACGGCCGCACUUCCCGCAGUUCUCCUACUCGGCCAGCGGGCGGGAGUAGAGCGGCCCGAACGAGGCGACGUCGCGUGGGGUCGCCGCGGGGACUCUUGCCCGACCGGAUGGAUUUGGUCUUUUAUGGUUCUCAUCAUCACUUCCUCCUCUCAUUUUCACAUUUCCAUGACGAGAUACUAAACACGGUCAAAAACUCCAAACUCCAACUUCGUCCGGCGACCUCUGGGGGGCACUAGAGCGAGUCAGCGUCGGCGCUAACCUGUUGCGAUUUGAGCCGCUCCUGCAGUUAACCAAACACACGAGUUAAAUGUUGUCGUUUCUAUUUCUUUUUACCGUAGAACUAGAGUUUGUUCAACCCAAACUGCCAUAAGUGGUUGUAUCUCAGGCUUUUUUGCAAGUCGUGACUCAAUCCUUGCAAAGACGUAAUUUCGGAUUGAACACGGAAGCGGCGGAAAUAGUGUAAAUCACACCACCUCAUACUGUAGACACAAGCAGGAUUCGACUCAGGUGUAGCUCUGUGCAAUCCAUUCUUAUCGUUGCUGCUACUACAACUACUACAACUACUACAGGUACUACCACAACGUCUCCUCCGCCGUCUACUACUACUACUUCUACUUCUUCUUCUUCUUCUUCUCCCACUGCAACUAGUGAAACCCCCGGUGCUACGCUACACAGGCUACGGAUCAUAACACGACCGCUAAGCUAACACGGUACAAAUCUAUGUUAUGACUAUUUGUACGGCUUUGUACGUCUAAGGAGCGCGCCUCAAAUCACAACACGGCUAACGCUGACGCCGCGCCCGAGCCCGUUACGCGCAGAAAGGCCCGUCGACAGAAAUUUGGGGGCCCCCGGGUCAACGAAACUCACACGGGGCCCCCCUCCUGCUAACGUAAAUGAACAGCCCCCUGCCCACAAUGCAACGCAGUUUCUCAGAGGUGAAAAUAAGAGGAAAAAGGUUUGUUUUUGCGAUUCUGGGUUGGUUCUCUGAGGUUUUUUUUGUUUUGUUUUGUUCAAAAGUCCCAACUCCCCCUCCUGCAAAAAAAAAAAGGGACAAAAGGUACUUCGUGUCCAUGUUGGAAAAGCUUUACUGUGACAUAUUGGUUACCGUGACUCCAAGAACGAAAUGUUUCUAAUGUGAUCGCUUACACGUACUCGAACACGCGAGGGGUUUAUAUCCAAGGGUUUUUUGAGAAUCUGUUGAAGUAUGCAUCAACAACUUAUGAGUUUACAUCGAUCACAGCAAUUGCUACUAUAUAUAUAUAUAUGUUCUAUUUAUUGUUCCUUGGUUUUAUAUUUAACUUUUUCUAUUGUAUUAUGAUUCUAUAAAAAAGAGAACUUUGUUAUUUCUUAGGGCUGAGUGAAAAAGGCCUCAAGAAACAAAAUGGCUGACGAAUGUAGAGGGAAAGCGGAUCGCCUUCCUGUUCCAUGUGUUUGUUUUGUUUUUUGUGUUUUGUGACCAAAUUGUGACAACGGGAGGCGACAGGACGCACUCAACACGAUGUAAAUGUCUUUAUUUAGAGUCAGACUGGGGUGACCAAAUGUUCGGAAUUCAAAACUGGGACGUAUCCGAGUUUGGACGGUUGGUAUAACUCAAACUGUGAAAACUUUGUCCGUUCUCGAGGGGACGUGACUCAUUUUCAAGCACGAUUUUUAUUUUAGCCAUAGACUGUGUAAAUAAGUGGGCUAAAUGAGUGUAAUGUCAAAUAAAACUCAUCGAGGCUAGCAGUUAUUGCGGUUAGCAACGCUGUAGGAGCAACCUCGGGGAAAGAAGGCGCCCGAUUUGUCUGUUAUUAAUGUUUAUAUCUUGAUUUUCUGACAAAAUAGCGAAAUAAAAACACCAGGAUCAUGUAGAGGGUUAAUACGAACAUUUAAGACCAGAAUGACGAUGUAAAGUGAAUUGGAGCCUGAGUCGAUGGAGCUGGAAGCGCGCACAUGAUCACUUCCU